AUGUCGCAAAGCAACACAAACUCAUUACCCGAGACCACUACGGCCAAGUCGCCGGCAGCUCCAACACCAGACCAGGAUUUCUACAACUGGUCCACCUUCUUCAACAUCCUGACUGGAGGCGCAACGCCGCAAGAAAGAGAAGCCUACUUUGACAUCAAGGACACAAUCAACGAGGAGCGCGACAUUAAACGCGCAGAGAAGGAUCGCAAAUGGCUGCUAGAGUACUCGCCUAUAGUGAGGUUCAUGCGCCAUAACAUCAACCUGCUAGGCCAUGAUCUGAACGAGACGAACAUGCGCGUUAAGCGCUGCACCACACAGCAGAGCGGAGGCUUUGAUCCAGAGUUUGGCAUCUUGUUGUGCGCCAACAAAUUCAGGAACAGAGGACAUAUGGAAGACACCAUGGCGCAUGAGAUGGUUCACGCUUAUGAUCACCUAAGGUUCAAGCUGGACCCUCUGGACCUCAGACAUGCUGCUUGGGAAUGUCGCUUCGGUCGCGAGUUCUUCACUCGCGGACAGUGGAACAUCACACAACAGCUCCAAGAGUGUGUACGAAGGAGAGCUACUCUGUCAGUCGCCAACAGACCAAGCUGCAAGGACAAUACCCACGCCGCUCGCGUCGUCGACGAGGUUUGGGACAGCUGCUUCAACGACACUAGACCGUUUGACGAGAUCUACAAGUAA